AUGUAACUAAAGAACAAAAUCAAUAUUCAUGUCUUUAAGAAUUCUUAAUUUUACAGUUGCAGAUUUGAGUAAGAAGUUAUUUCAUUUUUAGAUUUUAUGAAGAUGAAAAUUGUUGCUUUGAAGAUAAUGAUGGAUAGAUAUGA